AGCCACUGGCCACUGAUCAGCCCACUAGUGUCGGGGUUUGCGUCUCCAUGCAAGACUGCUGAAGAAGAAGCUCUGACUCUCACGUUUUCGCUUUAUUUGCUAGACAAGGUGUUAAAAAACCGAAACAAAGCUCCUCUGAGGCAGCAGAAGCACAAGAAGUGAAUUUCAGAGCAUUUUUCUUCCAGACUCAUCACUGUCUAGCAACCAAGGCACCCUUCACAAUGUCUGGAGAGGACGCACCUGCCCAGCAGCAAAACGCCGUGGACCAGAAGCAGGAGACCAAACCCAGCGAAGAGCCCAAAACCGAGCCGCCCAAGUCGGAGUCCCCGCCCGCAGGCGCCGCCGAGGCAGCCGCUACCCCCGCGGCGGCCACCGAGAAAGUCCCCGAGGAGGAGGCGUUCACCUACCGCUCUCUGGUCCUCACCGGCUACGGGGGCUAUGAUAAAGUCAAACUGCAGGUGAAGAAGGGCAAGCCGGCGCUCAAAGCCGGAGAGGUGCUGGUGCGGGUCAAGGCAUGCGGGCUGAACUUCGCCGACCUGCUGGCCCGCCAGGGGCUGUACGACCGGCUGCCGUCACCGCCAGUCACUCCGGGGAUGGAGUGCUCCGGGGUGGUGGAGGCUGUCGGGGAAGAGGUGACAGAGAGAAAAGUCGGUGACAAGGUGCUGGUGCUGAACCGCUGUGGGCUGUGGCAGGAGGUGGCGGCAGUGCCGGCGAGCCACACCUUCAUCAUCCCGGAUGGGAUGAGCUUCGAGGAGGCGGCGGCCCUCCCCGUCAACUACGUCACCGCCUACAUGAUGCUGUUUGACUUCGGCAACCUGAGGCCCAACCAGAGCAUCCUCAUCCAUGCUGCUGCAGGCGGUGUGGGCAUUGCAGCCACCCAGCUGUGCCAGACGGUGAAGGACGUGACUGUGUUUGGUACAGCAUCAGCGAGCAAGCAUGAGACCAUCAGCCAGGGCGGAGUCACGCAUCCCAUCGACUAUCGCACCAAGGACUACGUCGAGGAAGUCCGCAAGAUCAGUCCUAAAGGCCUGGACAUCGUCCUGGACCCGCUUGGAGGAUCAGACACCCAUAAGGCAUACAACCUGCUGAAGCCUAUGGGCAAACUUAUCACCUAUGGUGCAGCCAACAUGCUGGCGGGCCAGAAGAAGAACCUGCUCGCUGUGGCGAAGAACUGGUACCACCAGUUCUCCAUCCACACGCUCAGCCUGAUCCAGGGCAACAAGUCGGUGUGUGGCUUCCACCUGGGCUACCUGGACGGGGAAACGGAGCUCAUCAGCCAGGCCAUGAGCACCAUCCUGGAUCUGUACAGGCAGGGCAAGAUCAAGCCCCGCAUCGACUCCACCUGGCACCUCGAGCAGGUGGGCGACGCCAUGAGGAAGAUGCAGGAGCGGAACAACAUCGGAAAGGUGAUCCUCAUCACAGAGCCGAUGCCGGAGGAGGAGAAGAAGGAGGAGUCCAAGAAGGAGGACAAGAAGGAGGAGAAGAAGAAGGACGACAAGAAGAAGGACGACAAGAAGAAGGACGACGCCAAGAAGGAGGAGAAGAAGGACGACAAGAAGAAGGAGGAGCCCAAGAAGGAGGAGCCCAAGAAGGAGGAGGAGAAGAAGGAGGAGCCCAAGAAGGAGGAGAAGUGAGAGGGAGGGAGCGGAUAGUCAAGCAGACCAGCAGGGAGUUUUAUGUCCUGGGAGCAAGGGGGUAGUGGUGUGUGUGGGGGAGGGAGGUGGGGAGGGUGGGGAAGGGGAUUGGAGGGGUUGUCCGGAGGAGUUGGGCGGGGAACGGCUGGAGGUGGAUGGAAACGGAUGGGAGGAGCAGAGGAGGAGGCGGGCGGGGGGGAGAAGGAGAAGCGGUUAGUAGGGUAGGUUACAGAAUCAUCACACAAAAGUCAAUAUUUCAUCUCUUUGACCCCCCUGACCCGCCCCACCACCUCCUCCCCACUCAUCUCAGCCCGCUACGGCAGUAAUCGCUCAGGCCUGGCUCCGCCCACUCCCCCUCUCCCCCUGUUUUUUGUCCAUUUUAUCUUUAUUUCCUGAAAGAAGAAAAAAAAAAGAAUCUUAAUCUUAAUCCCCAGUAAGCUCCAAACUCCAAGCUCCCCGCCCCGUGAGAAUGAGAAAACGACCACUACGCUCACCCUCAACCUCUGAGGGUCUCGCUUGUUUCGAGUGUCACAGCGGCCCGAACAUCGCGGGUAGGGGAUCCAGGCCUGGGGCAGAUUGCUGUUUCCUUGACAACCGUAAUCCCCGCUCCCGCUCCGGCCCCACCCUCGACCCCCAUGCUUUUUCUAUCUCAACUCCCACUGUGCUAAAUUGUUCUGCUAUGACUUCCACCUGCCACCUCCUCGCUAUCCCACCCGCCCCACCAUCCUCCCACCCGCCACCCCCCCCCCUCCCUUCACUGUACUGAGUCCCCCCCACCACCACCACCACCACCACCUCCCACAUCUCCCCAUGGUCCGGACCCACAGACAGGCAGAGAGGCAGGCAAAUAGGCUAAAACGAAGAACCGCACCCACACGUUGCUCGGUCUCAGCGUCCGAUGCUUCGUUAUGUCACGGAGGAUGAGUCAGAGUUGCCGGUGAUUGGCUACCCCCCCCUCCCUCCUGGAGACAUUAGCAUCAUGUUUGCCUGCUCAGAGACAAUUGCAUUAUUGCUACAAGGUCUUGCCAAUCACCGCGUUGGCAUCAAGUCGUUCAUUCGGCCUCGGUUUGGACUCGCGAUUUCGAGUAAAAAAAAAAUUUUGGUCGCAGGGCUUGCACCGAGGGAAACCGCUCCGUAACGUGUGCGUGUUUCCACCAAAUUUCAGUGACGCUGAUAUAGCACAAACUCUUACUUGCACUAGCCUGAAUAUGAAAUCAUCCUCAUAAUGAGCCUCUCUGUUUUGGUGUUGAAUGGGGAGGCAGAAAUCAGCUUCGCCCUCCUUAGUUACAGAUUUUUCUAGCUGACCAACUGUUGGCAAGAAGUGUGCAGUGCCAAUUAGGGGAGAAUUUGUUUCUGUUCAAACAAGCCACAAACACACACACACACAUGCACACACACAUGCAUACACAUACACACACUGUGAAUGUGAUGAAAGAGGCACUGUCAUGCUGAGACACUACAGCGUCCGCAAUAGGCAAGUUGAAGAAGGUGAAUACCGGUCCUCUUCCUCGGGUUCAGGCUCUCUUCCUCCCUGAUCCUCCUCAAGGCAUUCCAUGGCAUUCUGCUCCUUUCACGGCGACCGCUCGCCCGUCGUUCACCCUGACCCGGGAGACGAGAUUUCAAUUCAAGCUGGCGUCCAUACUCAGCCUCCCCUCCUUCUCUCUGCAGCACCGUCUCUCUCUCACUCUCUCUCUCUCUCCCUCCUCUCUGUGGUCGGCAUAGCAACAGGCGUCAGGCUCGUCAGAGAUGGCACUGUGGUCUGUUUCUCCCACUCUCUCUCUCUCUCUCGCCUGCCUCCCUGACUCUCUAUUUGCCAACAGUUGGUGCUGUCGACCAGUGUUAAUACAGCUGCAAAAAUGUAUUAUGAAUUUCUGAUAACGGUGACGCGCGUCGUCGGAGCGGUUUACGGGCAUUUGAUGUCGCCGCCGCUCGACCCAAACAAGUCCUUUCAUAUCGUCCUGAAAUAUGAAUCCCGUGUCAACUCUCUGUGUGUGGCACUCAACAGCACAGUUGACAUUUAUGGCCAAAAGAGAGAGUGCACCGCUCCCUCUAAUGGACAAAAAAAACCUGCAGUAUGAAUUCUGUCUGGCAUGUUAGAGAGGUCUCUUAGAUAUAAUCCUUAAGGUCGUGUCACCGCUUUUCCCACAAUCCCCUCGGGGUGGACUGUCAAGUCUCUCGUAUAGGAGGAUGCAUCGACUUUACACUUUUUAUCUACCUGCCUGUCUGUCUGUGAGCCCCGGCCGUCCCAUCGAGACUCAGAUGGUGACUAGUGACUUUGUAAAAAAAAAAAAAAAAAAAACGCGAGAAAAAAAAAAAAAGUUGUUGUGUUAGCAUGAGUGACCUCCCUCAUGUGUUGUGUGUGGUGUGUCAUUGUGUGUGAAGACGUGUGUGUCCUCAGGUCGUUUGUCAGGUUUAAAAAAAAAAAAGCACCCACCGCCCCCCCCCCCCCCCCCCCCCCCCCCCCCCCCCCCCCCCACCCCCCCCCCCCCUUAUCCUGCUCCAUUUUCCUCUCACACUACUCUGCUACAUAAUGUGUAGCUCCGGCUUCCCCUUAUUAUUCUAUCUCUCCUGCUCCCUUUUUGUCUGAUAAGAGGCCUGUUAUGAGGACAGUUGGUAUUGGUAUUUUGCACUCUGCUCGCUGACCUUAAUGCACUUACAAGCAUGGCAGUCCCACUCCAGUCCUGCUGGCUUUGUUUCUGCUCCAGGUUUGCAGCCUGUUUCCUAUCCGCGACCCACAAUGUAUCUACUGAAGCUCACUCGAAGCACAGGUGGCACGCACAUACAGAGAAACACACAGAAAGACAUGCAAAAAGUCUCCAGUCCCCCCCCGCCUGGGCCGGCUUCUCUUGGGUGGCAGCUAAAAAUCAAAGAGCUCGUCCAUCCUUGACUGUGAGAAGUAAAAUGUGGAGCGGUGCGGCGUGAAAAGCAGGCUGGAGUGCGGCUGCCAUGCUGGUGUGGGGAGCGACCGUGUCCCGUCAGCCUCCGGUUAGUGUUCUGUUCUAAUCUGCUGGGCUCCCUUCGUGAACCUGUGGACGGUGUUUCUGUUCUGAGUGCCAUGUGAGAAACAAAUGCUUCAGUAAAAAGGAUGUUUUACUUAAUAUGUUGUCUUAUUAUUUUGUUUUACCUUUCUAUUUUACGUUUGUUUCGUUUUGUUUUUGUUAUCCAAGGGUUUAAAAGUUCAAAGUUCAUACUCUCUUACGUGGGGACCUGCUCAACUGCAUUCCUUUUUUUUUUAAAUGUGACGAGUCUUUCUGUUGGUCCGAACCAUUUGUGCCAAAUUGUAUGUAUUCCUCUGUCGAUGCUUUGAAUAUUAACAGUGCAUAAAAGAAAAAAAAACUAUGAAGAAAAAAUUAUGAAAGAAAAAUUCUGUUUCUGGAUACGUUUU